AUGGAGGACUCGGUUAAGACUUUUGGAUCAGAGGAGGUAGAUGCAAACUAUUGGAGAGACCUGGCCAUGACCUACAAGCAGAGGGCCGAGAAUACACAGGAGCAGCUCCGAGAAUUCCAGAAAGGAAGCUGGGAAUAUGAAGCUGAAUUGGAGACUAAGCUGCAGCAAACUGAGACCAGGAACUGGGACCUCCUGUCAGAGAAGGAGUUGGAGACUGUGAGGGAGAAGUUUGAAAUGCAACAUUCAGAAGGCUACCGGCAGAUCUCAGCCUUGAAGGAUGAUCUGGCUCAGAAAAAAGCCAUUAAAAAUCAAUUGCAGAAAUAUAUCCAGGGACUGGAACAAGUCAAUGAUGAACUGGAGAGAGCCAAACGAGCCACAAUCAUGUCUCUGGAAGGCUUUGAGCAGCGCGUGAAUCAAGCAAUCAAAAGAAAUGCCUUCCUGGAGAGUGAGCUGGACCAGAAGGAAAAUCUUCUAGAAUCCGUGGAGAGGUUGAAGGAUGAAGCAAGAGAUCUGCGGCAGGGAUUGGCUGUGCAGCAGAAGCAAGACAAGCCCCGGACACCCUUGCCAGGCUCUGGGGAAACCGAGAGGACAGACAGGGCUGUGCGGGCUACAGGCUCUAUGCCUUUCACUCCCAUAGCUCACCGAGGACCCAGCUCUGGUUUAAACACACCAGGAAUAUUCAGACGUGGUCUGGACAGCUCUAAUAGUGGGACCCCACUCACACCUGCAGCCCAAAUAUCAGCCCUAAACAUCAUUGGGGACCUGCUUCAGAAAGUUGGGGCGCUGGAGUCCAAACUAGCAUCAUGCAGGAACUUGGUGUAUGAUCAGACCCCAAGCCAGGCAAGUGGACCAGCCUCAGGGCAAGGAACCAAAGGCCGAGACGGUGGUGACAGAUGGCCGAGCAGCACCAGUGUUGGAGAUAAAGGGCUUCACUGUGUAUCUUCAACUGGCCUGGGACUUGAAGGGCUGUGCAGACCAAAGAGCUGCCUAUCUCUACCUUCUGUGUGCUGGGAUUAA